AUGACAUCGUUCAAAGUCAAGAGUGAGCAAGGUAAAUUGGUUGUAAGGCGUUGUGAGGAGGGAGAUCGAAAGCAGGAGCAGAACCGUGCAGCUGCAGCAGAGAGCAGAGGGACGACGGGGGGGAAGACCGUCGACAAGGUUGUAACGGGGGGCGGGGAAACGAGAAGAGGACUCCUGGACUGGGGAGAAGAAGAGUGAGCACAGAAGAGGAGGAGGAGAAGGAAGAAGGAAGAGGAAGAGGAAGAGGAAAAGAAGAAGAGGAAGAAGAGAGGAA